GUUUUGUUUAGGUUCGUUGCUGCCGGACCUCAAAGCCCGGCAAAUUUGACUCCAUAGCCUUGUUUGUGACAAAAGUUGGUUACGCAUUUUCUAGGACACUAUCUUUGUUUUUAUAUCAUAUUUGAUGUAUAAACUUGUUAGUCAACCAUGAAGAUAUAAAAACCUUCAAGUACUUUCUUCCGAAAAUAUGUCUGCCAACUUUUUAUAUUCAAACACUGCAUUACCGUCGCUUAUAACACACCAACAGCAACAGCAUCUAGUUACUCAGCGCAGCCGCUCAGCCUCAACAUCCAACGCUGGACCGAACGUUCCUACUCAAUACCAAGUUGCUCUAACACAACCAUACCAAACUCUUGGACCAAUGGAUGGAUCUUGGACCCAAACUCAAGGAUUGUAUGUAAAUGGAUUAAAUAAAAUGAUGAAUAUCUUUCCUGGUCAAAAUGUGACAGAAAUGGAACAAACGCCUAUGAGUCAGUCAAAUGAGCCAACAAAUGGUAAUACUGCUGGGAAUCAUGGAUCUGUUACACUGACUGCUGCACCACAAGUUCAUUUUGCUGUAGCAGCCACUCCGAAUGGUUUAGUUCAACCGCAUACAGGCCUACAAAAUCCAUCUACAUCUAUGCGUUCUGAUCAGACAACUGUUCUGCAUUCAACCUCUCAACAUCCAUCUGGUCAACCAUUUCUUAUUCCUGGAAUAGUUGGUCAACAACCGCCAACUUUACGAACAUUAACACAAGACAAUUUAUCACCAUCUGUCUAUAAUAACAGAGAGCCUGGUUCUAAUCAACAGUCACUUUUGUCAUCAGGUACAAAACAGACAAAUAAUAAUCUUAACAGUGUAAACAAUACACGUGAUCUACACACACGACUAAUUGAUAAUGCUUCAAUAAAUCAAUCGGCCUAUGUAGCCUCUGUUCCAGUUCAACAGCAUCCUGUUGUAUCACAUCCUCAUCAUCAUCAGUUGUAUACAAGUCCUACUACACUACAACCACCACCACCGCCAUCUUUACACGGUAUGGUCGAGUAUGUCCAAGCUGUUUAUCCAACUAAUCCAAAUGUUCAUGCCCCAUAUAGUCAACAACAAUCAGCAACAGCUAUAUUUAGUCAUUAUCCUGCACAAAUGAAUACUGCAUUCGAUUCAACCACAAUGCAUACAAACUUUAAUUCACGUGUACGUCAUAAUACAUGGACUACUACUACUACUACUGCUACUGGUCUUGAAGACAAUUCAUCCACUAUUGGUAAUCAUGAUUCAUCAAUUCGAAAAUUAAAAAAUGAUAAAAUUUUAAUGCCAAAUGAUUAUGCAACGUCGUCUACACUGAAUGAAUAUAACAUGAAUUCGCAUGGUUCAUAUUCACAAUAUCCUCUUACUGGUCCAUAUUUUACUGGUUUUACUCAAUCGUCUUUUUAUCAACCGGAUAGUAGUCAACAAAAAACAGAUUUGACUAAACAACAACAUCAGCAACAUCUACCGCCUGGUUCUAUUACAUUCCAAUCGCAUAAUGAAGCACAAAAACAACAACAUGCAUGUAGUAGUUAUCAAAAUCCUCAAGCUUCUUUACAGUAUAAUUCUUCUAUAGCAGCAUCAAUAACUAAUAAUGAUAUUUCGUACAUCACAUCUGUUCCUAUGGGUCAGUUACCGGCAAGAUCUACUUACCAUCAUCAUCAUCAUAAUAUGCACAACAGUUCGUAUUUACCACCUCCAUCAGGAGGGGGUAUUGGUGGUGUUGGUGGCCUGUCUUGUUUACCUGUUCAAAAUAACAAUAAUUAUAAUGCUAAUCAUAAUCAGUCUUUACAUACGUAUCAUAAUAAUAAUAUUUACAAUCCGGAGAAUUUGAAUACGACUGCUACUGCUGUCGGCGCCAGCGCCAUCUCCGGUGCUGCGGCUACUACUACUACUAACGUACAACAAUCAUCUUAUCCUGUAAAAGAUAACUAUCCUCGUGGAAAUCAUAAACCACGUGAGUGGAAUAAAUCGAAAGAAAUAAAUCAUCAUAGUAAAAAUUUACAGAAUUCACUUCAUUCUCGUUUAAAUAAUACUACUAAUAAUACCAAUAAUAAUAACAGCAGUAAUAAUAAUAAUAUUCGAUUGAAAAGCGGGAGUAAGAGUUUUGCAUCAGAUAAACAACCUGUUUUGUCUGUUGAUCGUAAAAUGACAUCUAACUCUGUAGGCGGCAAUAAAUCAAGUGGAACAGGAAAACAAACUAUCACUUCAAAUCAUCAUACAACUGCAACAAAUUUCAUUCCGUCAGGAGGAGGAGGUCCAAGUCUUAUCAUACCUUCUAAUCCUUCGUCUACAGUUUACCAUGACUUCAAUUCAGCUAGUCGGGGGAAUACAAGAACAGAUCAUGUGGACUAUCAUCAACAUCAGCAUCCUUCACAGCCUUAUGUCAAUUCAUAUGCUAGUAGUGUAAAUCAACAACCGUCUAUGCCUACUGAGCAUUGUAUUAAUGGUGGUGGCGUUGGUGUUCUACCAAAACAUUUACAAAAUUAUCAACCGCCUGUUACACAUCACAAUAGUCUGUUGCCUAGUUGUAUUCAAAGUCUUCCAGAAAAUUUUUUAGCAAGUUUAAAAUUAAGCGGUUUCCGUCUUGUCUUGGACUCUUGUCCGACGAGAAUGUUACUCAGUACCUCGUUAGUUGGUUCAGUGAUUGGUCGAGGCGGUAGAACUAUUCGUCAGAUUACAACAAAGACUGGGGCUAAAAUAGGCUUGAAACAAGAUAUCAUUGCCUUUUCACAAUUCUCUCUACCAGGAAAAGGCAGAAAAACAUUCAAACCCGCAGCAGAUCCCGCUAGUAGUGAGAGUAGUAAUAAUGAUAUUACUACAACUGACACUGUCAUCAGUAAUAAGGCAGGAGAAGAAGAAGAAGGGAGUGAUGAGAAAUAUCAGUCACCUGACAAUAAAGACACUUCUACUACUCCAAGUACUACUGACAAUAAUCCAGAAGAUGAUGAUGGUCAGCCAACAGAAUCAACCGCAAAUCCAGUCAGUGAAUCUGAGUCAACAGCAGCAGCAGCCCCACCACCGCCACCUCCACCACCAAUGAAUACGCUUCAAUCUAAGCUAGAAAUUCAAUCAGACCAGAGUCAACUUGCUGUCCUCUAUGGAUCAAGAGAACAAUGUUCCGCUGCAUUGUAUGAAAUUCUUACUAUCUGUUUCAGGGAAUCAAAACAUCGUGGUUUCUCUGAUCCAUGUUUAGGCCUACUUGUUGAACAACAAAUUUAUAGUCAGUUAGUUAUGAAUAAAGGUAAAAAAUAUUUCAAUGCUAUACACGCUGCUACAGGAGCACGUAUAUCAGUAACUGGUACACCUGUGCAAAUCUCUUCUACCUCUUCUUCUACUUCGUCGUCGUCUACUGAUGGUAAUGAUGCUGAAAAGAAAAGCAAUACCACCGGCAAUACAGAUCGUGUACUAGUUGUUCGUGGUCAUUUAAAUGCCAUAUGCGCCGCUGAAGCAUUUCUCAGUGAACAAAUACGUUGGGCAACAAUUGAAUCCGUAAUCCCUUCGCAUUUUUGGCCUUUACUCAAUCAUUUGCCUCCUGUACCACAAGUGAAUAAUCAUAAAUCAUCAAAUAAUAAUAAUACACCGUUUAGUUAUGAUCCACAAUCUGUAUGCUCAUUGAUUAUGUCCUUAGGAUCAAUAUUUUGGCCUCAAUCAGUUUGUGCGAAAUUGGGGAAGAAUUCUUCCUUGCAAUGUUAUAAUAAUAAUAAUAAACGAUCUGAAGUUCGAAAUACAAAUCUCUCGACAAAUUCUAACAGUGGUCUGCCAGAAAAUGAUACAACGAAUACUGGGAACACUGUCAGUCCAGUAAAUAUUCAUGAUGAUGAGGAGGAGGAGGAGGACGUCGACGAUGCCGAUGGCGAUGAUGCUGAUGUUGUAGGAGAGGAGAAUCAUGAAGAAGACUUGGAAUAUGAUGCCAAAACACUUGUCAAUGAGGAAGAUAAUCUUAGCGAAAUGAACUCCGAGGAAGUAAUACAAGAAGGUAUUGACGAUAAUCCCAUCAAUGACAAGGAUAAUGUUGAUGAUGAUGAUGAUAAUACCAAUAACACCAAUCUUCAUUUGGAUAACACUGAUCUGUCAUCAGAGGAUAUUAAUGAAAUUACGGUUAUCUCUGUGUCAGCCUCGGAUAUGGAAGAUAAAGAUGAAGUGAUGACAGUUAUAGAGGUAACUGACAAUGAUAAAACCGAAUCUCAAUCACCGCCUGUUUGUAUUGAUUCUGGAGUAGAAAAAUCUGAUAAAUUAGAUGAAACCAGCUCUGAUCAAUGUGUAGUUGAACAAUUGACACGUUCAACAAUGCCGAAAGAAACUAAUUUUGUUGUUGCGACUGCAGUUCAACAGUCCCUAAUUGCUGCUGUUGGUCCAAUCGCUUGGCUAGCUACUGGCGGUAUGCUAUACAUGCGUGUUUCAUAUAAUGAAGCUGGCGCUUUAAUCGGUACAGAAGGCUCUCGAAUUCAACAUCUUAUGCAUAUUACUGGCGCAGAAAUAAAUGUCGGCAAGGUUCAAAUUAAUCCACCGUAUGCAAUCAGUCCAUCAACUCGCACUGCUAAUACUGCUACUACUACAACUGCCACUACGAAACGCACCACCAUCAAUUCAACUCAAUCAUCUGAUCGAAAAUCACCAACAUGUAUUAUUUCUCUUGCUGAUUCUUUCUUGAAUAAUUCUCCACAGGAUGAGGAGUCUUCUUUGAACAAUAAAGCCGUUCAGUCUGCCAGCAAUCAAGAUGAUAAUAGUAGUAGUAGUAAGGAGGACAGUGUUAACAUCAUAAAUCAUAAUAUUGAUGAUGAUGAUGAUGCCAACACCUCUGUGAUGAAUUCACCAGAUGACACAACAGAACCUACUGACAUCAACUGUUGUAACGACGAACAGCAACAACAACAACAAUCCAAGCAUCAGCUCGAUACAACAGAACCACCUUCUACUGUUGUUGUAGAUCAAUCCGUAGACAACAAUAAAAAAGAUGGUGAAGAUUCCGCAAUACCAAAAUGCCCAAAAGCAUCUGCCUCUUCUUCGUUGUCGUCGUCGUCGUCUUCACCUCCUUCCUCAUCUUUAUGUAAUGAUAAAAAUGACGACGAUACUACUACUACUACUACUAUCAAUGAUAAUACUGAAAAUGGUGAACAAUUGUCAUCAAGUUGUGCAGUUGUGCCUAGUACUUCUUCUUGCCAAUCAGAUUGUGGAAUCGCUCAACAAAAAACUGGCCUACCUCAUUCUAAUAAAACAACAACUGAAUCAAAAGGCAUAAAUUCACCGAAUCAAUCCUAUCGUUUAAUCACACUGUCGGGUUCUGCUCAAUCACAAAUUAUGGCUCAAUGGCAAAUAUUUCAACGUCUUAAAAGUAUACGUAAAAAGCAAGCGGACUCUUCAAAUUAUUCAACUCAGAGGGUAUUUUGUUUAGCUACGUUAAUUUGUCUACCUUAUCGAUUUUUAUGGUGGUUAACUACGCAUAAUCCAGGCUUCUCAGAGACAUCGGAUUCUACUUCCAUACUUACAUCGACAUCAUUAACAAGAGCCAAUCAUCAUCAUUCACAAGGUAAAACUGACGAUAACGAUCAGAGCAGUGAUCAUAGCAACAAUAAUAAUAAAGAACAAAAAUCUGGUAUAUCUCCGUUGAAUUGGAUCCAACUGUUGGCGAGUAAACAUAUGCAUGCAAAUUAUGCAGAUAAUGAUGAUGAUGUGAAAAAAAAUUUGCCUAAUAAAUUUAUUCAUGUCCUCCCGGAGCCUAGACGACGUCGACGGUUAGUUCAACAACAAUUGAAACGAAUUAUGAAUGCCAAUCGGCGUGGACAACACCACCAACAACAACAAAUGAAUCAUGUCGGCAACUGUUUAGCGAAAGCACUUAUCCUACCGACAAGAGGGCUAAGUAAUGAUGGCUUAGAUCAAUUGUGGGCUCAUCCUAAUCGUAUACCCUUGGAGAUUUAUGCUGAUUUCGAAACAACACAAUUGGUAUUGAAAAAUUUACAUCAUAUGUUAGCCCUGUGGUUAUAUGGACAAUCUCUUGCUGGUAUUUCAAUUCAAUCGUUUAUUCAACCACCGAUUAUCUUUUAUCCACUACCUAAUACUGCUGCUUGUGGUGCUGGUGGACGUCCAGGUAAUUUGUCUAACUUGGAGACAUCAAGAACAACCACAACAACAUCAGCAACAACGGCAGCAGCAGCGGGACACAAUCGACCAUAUUCACAGCCUAAUUUCCAUAAUCAUCAUCAUCAUAAUGAUCAAUUUGACUAUUGGACAUUUAUGCCUAAUCGUCAACAUGAUGCUUUUUUUAAUUCACUAAGACAUAGUUUUCCUAUGCCAUUGUUAUCUUCUGGGAGUGGUGGUGGUGGUGGUAAUAAAGUAACAGCUUGUGGCGGUAGUGGUGUUGUUGGUCCUGGGGGUUCACCGUAUUCAUCAUCAGCACCGAUACUUCCACCAGAUCGUUGUAAUUAUGUAAAUUUUACAGCACAACCAUAUUAUUAUCCUCGAUACCCUUGGAUGAAUUUACCUGGUAUUCCAUUUAAUAAUAAUAAUAACUGCAAGUACUCAGGACAGGCAACAGUAUCAACAGAUGCUGCUAUUAAUGCUACAACUAGGGGUGGUGCUGGUUGCCCCCCAGCUUUCUAUGGUUAUUGGCCACGUGGACGUUUCAAUCAUCCUCUAGACGAUAAGCAUAAUAUUAUUGUGAAUGGUGAUUUAUCUUCACAGUCGACACGAUUUCCAUCACCUGGCACUGGUGGUGGUUAUACAGCAUUUCUUACUAACUUACAUUUCCCACCGACAGCAGCCAUGGCAGCGGCAGCAGCAACAGGCUCACGACCACCUUCUUUCAAUCCUAUCCAGACAUCUGUUCAUCCUGCACAAGUUGUUCAUGGUUAUCAUCAUCAUAGAGGUUCAUCUGUUCCACCACAACCGAAAUUUAGAUUCCGUAAUCCAUGUGGCGGUGCUGGUGGGGGAGGAAGUGCUACAGAACCAUUUAUCCUAAAAAGUAUGCCAUUAUUAGAUACGCCAAAUCAUCAUCAAGUGACUAUAAAUAAUCACCGACCAUCGUCAUCAUUUGUGCAUCAUUCAAAGACGUCAACGGCAACGACACCGUCAACAGCAACAACAACAACAAAUCAUGUAAAGAAUCAGGGAACACGUACAAAACACAAUUCACAAAGUUUAACUGAAUCACGGAAGAAAAAUGAUGAUUCAACAACCGUCACUUGUGGUGGUGGUAGUGGGGGUGGCAGCUAGAAUUUGUUCAAUUAUACUUAUAAAUAAUAUGCAUAUAUAUUUUUUCGAUUCUUGCUGCUUCUACUCUUUUUUUUCAACAUGAUACUACUCACUUUGCUCACUUCCUUACCUACUCACUCACUUGCUCGUAAUAAGAGCUAUCAUGAUUGUGUGAAUAUGGCGAAAAGAAGAAGCUGUGUGGACAGUUAGUCGCUCGCUUGGUUGGUUGAUUCAUUCAUUCAUUCUUUCUAGUUUCGUAUUUUCCCUAUUCAGUUUAUGUUUAUUUUCUUUGGAAUCAUGUCUGAAAUUUAUCCUUUUUGCAUCUCUUCAAAAGUGUUGUGUGCGUGUGUCUCUCUCUCUCCUUCCCAUUUUUCUUAUAUUCUUUCUUUUCAUUUUGGGUGUAAAUCCUUUCCUCUUCCCUCACUUACUCAGUGAUUUCUCUCUUCCUCUUCUAAUUUGCUCUGUUUCCUUUUUGUGUCCGUGGAAAAUCUACCGCGUAACUGUGAAGGUUUUGCCUAUUCUUCUUCUUACCGUUCUCCUCCGUCCGUCUUCGUUCAUUUUCUUCGUCUUACUCCAUCCUGAUCAUGGCCGCUCACCUUUUAUGCGUGUUAUUCUUCUAUCGUUAGGUUGAUUUCUCUUAUCUCUCUAAGGAUUAACAGAUGUGAUUUAUUCACCUCUUCCUCGCGCUUUUUUUUCCUUUCCCGCUUAAAGUUUUCCUUCCAAAAACACUUAGGAAUUGUGUGUGUGUGUGUGUGUGUGUGUGUGUGUGUGUAUGAGAGAGAGAGCCAGAGAGCACAGUCGAUGAUGACGAUGUCGGUCGUAAUAUAUACAUUAUGAUGAUACUUGUUUAUAACGUGUGUUUUUUUUAUUGUCAAACAGGGAACAGAUCUCUCUCGCUUUCCCCUCCCUCUGUCUCUCUUGUAAACUACCAUCGUUGCUAUUUAUUGUUGUUAUUAUUAUUAUUAGCCCUGUUUUUUUAUAUGGCGUAUUUAUUAGUAGGACUUCCCACUUUCUCUUCUAUGUGUAGACUCUCUCUUCUCUGGCUGGCUUUAAUCUUUUCUCUGUGAGUAUCCUUCCGCCUUCUAUUUCUGUCUCUCUCUCCCUCUUUUCCUACAUUUUCUUUUGUAGAGAAAAAUACCCCCCCCUACACACCUAAUAAAUAUAGAAACACAUAUAAAGCUCAAAUUAUUAUUAUUAUUAUUGCAACUACUCAAAAUCACGAAUCAUUUGCUCACACACAAUAAAAGCAGCUACCACCUUUCUUUUUCUCUCUCUUUUUUACUUGCUUUAUUACUACCCCCUCUGAGUAGUCUAAGAUGGAUGGGGGAAAUGAGUGAAGAGAUAAGCGAGCGAGCGAGUAAAUGAAUGCGUGGAACAGUCGGCGAUGACGACGAUCAUGAUGAUAACCAUCAUUUUUAUUUGUGUACAAUCAUAUAUAUAUAUGUGUGUGUGUGGUGAUCAUAGUUUUUUUAUUCGAUUCAAUCCGUGCCGGGAUGAUUUUAAUCUCCAUCUCUGUCACUGUUUCUUUCUCUGUGUCCCAUACACACAAACACAUAUACAAGUGUGACCCCACUCCAAACCCACGUUGCACAAAAAUACACUACAUUCACCUGUACAUUUAUUUGUGCCUUGUGAUGAAAUAUAUAUGCAUACAUAUUAUGUAACCACCAUUCACAUUCAUCCAUAUGUGUUGUCGAAUAUCAAAGUAAAGAAAGUGAAAGAAGUGGCUGAUAGCUCUAGCUAGCUAACUAUGCUCGUGGGAUGCGGAAGGAGACGGGAUGCAAAUUCCUGAAUUUUAUCACUAAUAUAUAACACACUCACUUGAUGAGUACACCGACUUUCUAUUACUUAAUAAUUCUGUUCGUGUGUGUGUGUAAUCGCCUAUGUGUGUAUCUCUAGUUUCGUCUUAUUAUUUUUCUCUGUUUUCUUAUUUGGUCCCAAUCGCCCGCCCACCCAUAAUCCUCUACUCUCCCCUAGCCCCCCCCCUCCCCAUCCCCUUGAAAUGUAGAACUCUGUGCACGAUAUAUGAUUUUCUUUUCUAAAAAAAUUAAUAAAUCAAUACGAAAACAAACUGAAAAAAAAUUGUUGGUUGCUGUU